AUGCAAAUAAGGUCUAUUUUGGAGAUGGAAAACCAAACUGUCAUCUCUGAGUUCAUCCUUCUGGGAUUUCCCACUGGGCUAGAGAUCCAGUACUUUCUUUUUGUGACUUUCUUCCUAACCUACAUACUAACUGUCUUGGAGAAUCUCAUAAUUAUCUCAGUAGUAAAAGGAAACCAGAAACUUCACAAGCCCAUGUAUUUUUUCUUGGGAAAUUUGUCCUUCUUGGAAAUCUGGUAUAUUAGUGUCACAAUUCCAAAAUUGCUGGUGGACUUCUGGUCAGAGAACAAAGCCAUUUCCUUCCAGAAUUGCAUGGCACAGCUCUACUUCUUCAUCUCCCUUAUGUGUACUGAAUGUGUCCUCCUAGCUGUCAUGGCAUAUGAUCGAUAUGUAGCCAUAUGCAACCCACUUCACUAUCCACUUAUCAUGACCCAUAAAUUAUGCUUCCAGCUAGGUGUUCUCUCCUGGUUAUGUGGCUUCUCCAUCUCCUUUGUCAAAGUCACCUUCAUCUCCAGACUGAGAUUUUGUGGACCUGGAAUCAUUAAUCAUUUUUUCUGUGAUAUCUCCCCAGUACUCAACCUCUCUUGCACUGACAUGUCAGCAGCUGAGCUUGUAGAUUUCAUCUUGGCCUUGGUCAUUCUCCUGGUCCCACUCUCUGUCACAAUCUUGUCCUACCUAUUCAUUAUCAAUUCCAUUUUUCAUAUCCCCACAGCCCAAGGCAAGAAAAAAGCCUUCUCAACCUGUGCUUCACAUCUCACUGUAGUCAUAAUCUUCUUCUCAACAACAGUCUUCAUGUAUGCCCGGCCUAGAAAAAUUCACCCCUUUAACCUCAACAAAAUUGUAUCUGUCUUCUAUGCUGUAGUCACUCCAGCUCUCAAUCCCCUCAUCUACUGCCUGAGAAAUAAAGAAGUGAAGGAGGCAUUGAGGAGAAAUGUUGCCAGGAAAUGCCCAGUUAGAUAA